GGCGGGUCAGGUCGCCGCUUCCCCGAAGCGUGCGCUGCGCAGCGGAGCUGAGGCACAGCCGGGUCUUUCUGCCCAGGAAGUGUCGGCGGCAGCGGCGGUGUUGGCGAGACGGGUGAGGUCGAGGUUGGACGUGGAAGGGGAGGCUCCGCCCUUUCGCCCUAUUUGGGGCCGUAGGGCUUGUGGGCCGCUUGUGUAGAGUAUGCAGGUUCCAGAGCGUGAGGGUGGAGCGACCACAGGGAAUGGACUGGACAGCCCCACGGCUUCCGAUUCCCAACCAGUUUCUCCUUUGCCACCCAAGCCCCCUUCCUUGGAUCUCUUCAACCUAGUAGUAUCCUACAAGCGACUGGAGCUCUACUUGGAACCACUGCAGGAUAUUGCAGAAGCGGUGUGGUUCCUCCUCAGCUGGCAGAUGCCUCUCUGCUCCCUCCUUACUUGCCUGGGCCUCAACUUUCUGCUGCUGACUCUUAGUGAAGCUGCGUGGUAUGGGCUUUGCGUCCUGCUGGUCUCGGUGCCAGCCUUGCUGGGCUACCUGCAGGAGACAUGCCGCAUCCGUCUGAGUGAAGAAGAGCUGGCACGUCGUAGGUACCACAGUGUGCGGCGUGAGGAUGUGAGGAAAGUUCAGCUUGCACGACAUGAGGCUGUGGCUGAAGUGAAGGGCUUCUUAAUCCAAUUAGAGGCCCUCUUGAGCCGGCUGUGUGGCAGAUGUGAGGCUGUCUAUCGUGUCAUCUACUGGGAGAACCCUUCUCUUUCUUCACAGUUUUAUGGGAUGCUGAUGGCUUCCGUUUGUGCUCUCUACCUGCUGCCCUUAUGUUGGGUCUUUGUGCUGCUCAAUAAUGCCCUUUUCUUGGGUAACGUGGCAUUUUAUCAAGUGUUGCUGGAGCUGAAGUCUGCUGUAGAGCAGCGUUUGGGCCUCAAGCCCGUUGCUAGGACUCCAGAGCCAGUGGAGCUGGAUGCUGGAGAGGUCGGGUCUGGAUCCCUGCCGGACCGGACACCUACGCCCACUAGUACUGAGGAUCUGACCCCUGGCAGUGUGGAGGAAGCAGAGGAGGCAGAGCCUGAUGAUGAGUUCAAGGAUGCUAUUGAGGAGACCCAGCUGCUAGUAAUGGAGGAUGACGAUGUCUCCCACUGCUCAGCGGAAUUCGACAUGGGCCUUCCUGACAACCCCUUCAUGAUGAGCAAGAACGAGGUGAUUCGCAGCAGGGUGUCACGGCUAACGGAGCGGCUGCGGAAGCGCUACCCAACCAACAAUCUCGGGAACUGUGCAAGCUGUUCAGCCACUUUCUCUGUGUUAAAGAAGAGGCGGAGCUGCAGCAACUGUGGGAACAGUUUCUGCUCCAGGUGCUGUUCCUUCAAAGUUCCCAAGAGCUACAUGGGGGCUACAGCCCCUGAUGCCCAGCGGGAGACCGUCUUUGUCUGCGGGCAGUGCAACCAAGCGCUCGUCAAGUGAGAAGCCAAUCUGGAGCCCUGCCCUCUGCGGAAUUCGCUCUGCGUCUCACCCCGUAUUUGCUGAUACUUGCGGGGAGUGAAGCAACAGCACCGUGCACUCCUUCCACUCUUCCCUGUACAUCUAAUAGGAAAGGGGUGUGAGCAG